AUGUCACCAGAGAAGAGGGCAGGAAAUCCGGGCUCCUGGCUCGCUAAGUCCUUGAGGAGAGCUCUUGAGGAACAGAGAGAGGCAGAGCAAAGAAAGGGUUGUGGCGGAGGCAAGGUUGGCCAACCUACCAUUCCCAUAGAUGGUGAUCCCGGUCCCCUUCGAGUCAUCCCUCCUAGCACACCUUCUUCGCAGCCAACCAUUGUGCUCGAUGGGGAUGGUUCCACAGAGAAAGACAAAGAGGUGGACACGACAGGGAUGGUUCCACGGAUAAGAGAGUUUUGUGUGGGAAAGCUCAACAAAUUGAGGUUGAACCCUUACCAACUUGAGCGUGAGCUCGGCACAUUGAGGUUUGUUCUUUACCAACCCGGCCAUGAGCUUGGCAUGGCAAGGUGGGUUCUUAGCCAACUGGACCAUGAGCUUGGCGAGUUGAGGUCGGUUCCUUGCCAGUCUGACCAUGAGCUUGGCGAGUUGAGGUAUGUGCUUCCCCAACCUGACCAUGAGCAUGGCAUGGCGAGGUAG